UCACAGACAAAAACACUAAAAUGACCUAGAGCGGGAAUUUCAAAACAUUUAAACCUGUAACUUGUUAUGCAUUUUCUAUGUCAAAACUAACAGAAACCAUGAAAGUCAAAGAAUCACAAAGUGCGUCAAAUGUGGAUUCGUCAGACGACGAACAAGGCGAAUUCGAUAUGUCACCUUUGAAAGUUUCUUGGUUAGAUUUAUCUUCAUUAGGAUGUGAUGAACCUGUGGGGAUUUGUGCAUUGCCAGGUUGCAGAUUUAAAGACAUAUGGAGAAGUCUUGAUAAUGACUUAAAAUGUCUAGUGUCAGAAGGUGUGAAGGAUGUGUUUUGUUUGUGCAGUAAGGGUGAACUCAACAAGUAUAGAGUGCCAAAGUUAUUGGGAGAGCUUCAAGAGAAUGACAUUACUGUACAUCAUACACCUUUUCCUGAUGGACUGGUACCUAGCACCAGUGAGCUGGUCAAAAUCAUUGAUGACCUUCAUGUUACACUCAUGAAAAGAAGAAAAACUGUUAUACACUGUUAUGGAGGUCUUGGAAGAUCAAGUUUCUUGGCUGCAGCAUUGAUGAUGAAACUUGAUUCUUCACUAGAAGCAGACAAAUCAAUAGAGAUAAUGAGAGAAUUAAGAGGUCCAGCAGCCGUACAAUCUGUCAAGCAAUACAAUUGUCUACAUGAUCUUCGACAACAGAUAGCAGACCAUGAAGCAAAAAUGGACGAAUCAAAAAGAUCAUUAUCUAGAUGACUUUGUAAUAUUGAUUUAUUCCAAGCAUGAACCAAACUCUCUUUAUCUAAAUGAUAUACUUGUGACUGUUUUAGUUUCCUAAAGGUGGUUGAGAAUGUCUAUGAGAUGGAUGCUGGCUACAACUUCUGUGUCAUUAGCCAUUUUAUAAGCUCAAGUUCAGCUGUCAGAUACUGAGGGACUUUCAAUAUAACUGUAACUUGGUAUCAGGGUACAUAAAAUGCAUAUUUUCAAUUUUAAAAAGCCAAAAUAUCACAAAACAACUGAUUUUAGUAGGUUCAUGUCAUUUUAGAAUUUCAAAAUCAUUUUUCUUUUAAAAAGAAUAUUCUCUUUUUAAUCCUUAUUUCAAACAGCUAUUUACAGGACGUAUUAUGGUAUACCGUCAAUAUGUUGUACAACAACUCAAAAAACACUUUAAUGUGGCAUCAUUGUUCAGUCAAAAUUCAUUUUACUGGAUAUUUAAUUAUCUUAUUUUUGACUUUUUCCUCACUAAAAUUGAAUCCUAGUUGGACUGCUUUAUUAUAAGGUUUAUCAAGCUAAUUUAUUGACAAUUCAGAAUCUGCAUUGUAGAUUUCUAUUUUUAUGCCCCAUAAAACUUGAAACUCAGUACACAUGUUCCUUGUAAUAUGAUCUUUUUUUUAUUUUAAUGCCAAAUUAGAGAUUUCCCCCCAUUUUCACAUUUUUUAGAAAAUGAUAGUAGGGGUGGGGCAUCUGUGCACUGAGGACACAUUCUUGUAUAUUAUCAUUUUUCAUAUUAAUUAUGUAAUUCAGUGUGUUAAUUAAAAAAAAGAAUUUAAUGUAAGCAUGGCUUGAUGAGAAUUUAGAUCUAUUAUCUGUUGAUUGUACUUACAAAACAGUUACUGCUAAUAUGCAAUGUUUGUAUAGCCAGUCACUCAGUUGUUAUCCAUUGUUAGUAAGUUUUUUGUUGUUUGUUUUUUUCUUGUUAUGGUUAUACAAGUAUAUAAAUAUGUAAUUGUUAUGAGUGGAAAGAGUUGUCUGGCGUCAGGCGUUAACUUUUACAAAAAUCUUCUCCUCUGAAACUACUGGACCAAAUUAAACCAAACUUGGCCACAAUCAUCAUUGAUGUAUCUAGUUUAAAGUUUGUGUUUUUUGACCCGGCCAACUCGUGAAAUUGUUUAUCAGGUCAAGAUCUAUCUGCCCUGAAAUUUUCAGAUGAAUCAGACAACCCAUUGUUGGGUUGCUGCCCCUAAAUUGGUAAUUUUGAGGAAAUUUUACUGUUUUUGGUUAUUAUCUUGAAUAUUAUUAUAGAUGGAGAUAAACUGUAAACAGCAAUAAUGUUCAGCAAAGUAAGAUUUACAAAUAAGUCAAUAAGACCGAAACGGUCAGUUGACCCCUUUAGGAGUUAUUGCCCUUUAUAGUCAAUUUUUAACCAUUUUUCGUAAAUAUCCAUGAUCUUUUACAAAAAUCUUCUCCUCUGAAACUACCGGGCCAAAUUAAUCCAAACUUGGCCACAAUCAUCAUUGAUGUAUUUUGUAUAAAAACUGUGUUUUUUUACCCGGCCAACCAACCAAGAUAGCCGCCACGGCUUAAAAUAGAACAUGGAGGUUAAAUGCAGUUUUUGGUUAUUACUCAAAAACCAAAGCAUUUAGAUCAAAUCUGACAAGGUGUAAAAUUGUUUAUCUGGUCAAGAUCUAUCUGCCCUGAAAUUUUAAGAUGAAUGGGACAACUCAUUGUUAGAGUGCUGCCACUAAAUUGGUAAUUUGAAGGAAAUUUUGCCGUUUUUUGUUAUUAUCUUGAAUAUAAUUAAAGAUGGAGAUCAGCUGUAAACAGCAAUAAUGUACAGCAAUUUAAGACUCAAAAAUAAGUUAAAAUGACCAAAAUGGUCAAUUGACCCCCUAAGAAGUUAUUGUCCUUUAUAAUCAAUUUUUAACAAUUUUCAUAAAAUUUGUAAAUUUUUACCAACAUUUUCCACUGAAACUACACGGACAAGUUCAUUAUAGAUAGAGAUAAUUGUAAGCAGCAAGAAUUUUCAGUAAAGUAAGAUGUACAAACACAUCACAAUCACCUAAACACAAUUUUGUCAUGAACUGUCUGCUUCCUUUGUUUAAUUCACAUAUACCAAGGUGAGCGACACAGGCUCUUUAGAGCCUCUAGUUUUGAUACUCUAUAAUUAUACAGUUUAUGUUCAAUGUAUUCUUCAUUUUUAUUGAAUGAGAAAGGUCUUCAUUUGAUCUCUUGUGUAGAGUUGUCUCAUUGGCAAACAUACCACAUCUUCUUAUUUUUGUAUUCAAAUGUAUUUGUAUGUGGAAAAAUUUUCAGCUCAUAUCUAUUUUAUUACCAUGAAAAUUAUUAAAAAAAAUUGAUGAGAUA